AUGGCUUCCCUCACCUCACUAAUCUCCUCUCCACCGUCCUCCACCAACAACAUAUUCCCCAAAAGAACCUCCCAACUCUCCGCUCCCAUUGGCCGCCUCCAAACCCUCCGCAAAUCCCAACUCGCAGUCACCUGCAAAUCAUCCAACGGCAGGUCGGACCCGUUCGACGAAGUCCUCGCCGCCGCCGCCGCCGCCUCGAGGAGAGAUGUCCUCCUGGGCCUCGGAGCGGGUCUCUACGGAGCCGGGGCUUUCGUUACCGACCCGUUCUCCGCCGCCUUCGCCCGGCCCAUCGACGGGCCCAGCCAGGACGUGUGCAAGCUAGCCACUCCAUCCCCAGGCAACCCCCUCCAGAUCGAGUGCUGCCCGCCCGCCAUGGCGGGCCGGGAGUCCAAGCCCUUCCAGUUCCCUUCCCCCUCCGAGCCCAAGCGGAUCCGGCGCCCGGCCCACCUGGCCAGCCAGGACAAGGAGUACGUGGAGAAGUACAAGCUGGCCAUGAAGCGGAUGAAGUGCCUCCCACCAGAGGACCCACGCAGCUUCUUCCAGCAAGCUAAGGUACACUGCGCUUACUGCAACGGAUCCUACGUCCAGUCCUCCCACACCAACCUCGGCCUCCAGAUCCACUUCUCCUGGCUCUUCCUCCCCUUCCACCGCAUGUACCUCCACUUCUACGAGCGCAUCCUCGGCAGCUUGAUCCAGGACCCGACAUUCGCGCUCCCGUUCUGGAACUGGGACCACGAGGACGGCAUGGCCAUCGCCGAGAUGUUCAAGGACCCCGAGUCGCCUCUCUUCGACGGCCUCCGCAAUGUCCACCACUUACCUUCCAACAAGCCGCUCGACCUCCGCUGGGACAGAGUGACAGAGGACAAGCCGUUCGAGCGGAUCAGGGACGACAACUACGCUCGCGUCUACGAGCUCAUGGUUUCGGGGGCCCAGAGGCGGCUCGAGUUCUUCGGGCCCAAGUACCGAGCUGGGGACCCGCCGCCUGCGGGCGGCGGCGGGACGUCCGAGCGGCUCCACAACAUGGCCCAUCUGUGGACAGGUGGCCACAACCAGCAGUUCGGGGAGGACAUGGGCAACUUCUACUCCGCGGGGAGGGACCCGAUCUUCUACGUCCACCACUGCAACGUUGACCGGCUGUGGAACGUGUGGAAGACCAUCGGGGGAUUCAGGUUUGACUUUGACGACUACGACUACCUCAACACCUCGUUCCUGUUCUACGACGAGAACAGCGACCUGAUCAAGAUCAAGGUGAAGGACGUGCUGGACCCUCAGGCACUCGGGCUGGAGUACGAGGACAGGCCCAUCCCGUGGAGGAACUCCAGGCCCGUCCCCACAGCGGCGAAUGCGGCCAGGACGGCCACUGCAGCUGCCUUUGGCGGGCCGGCAGAGGCCCAGGCUGCAGUGGGUCCGAGGUACGUUGACCCGUCGAAAAUAACCUCGCCGUCCGCGUUCCCGUUGGUGCUGGAGAAGGUGACCACCGUCAUGGUGCCGAGGCCGAAGAAGGGGAGGACCGCCAAGGAGAAGUCCGCCGCCAGCGAGAUCCUGGUCGUGGAAGGGAUCGAGCUGGAAGGGGACAAGGUGGUGCAGUUCGAGGUGGUGAUCAACGACGACCCCGACAACCCGAGUGGGCCCUCCAACUCCGAGUUCGCCGGGAGCUUCCUCAACAUUCCGCACGUGCACGGGAACAACGGUCACAACAAGUUCGUCACCGGGCUGAGGAUGGACAUCACGGAGCUGCUCGAGGACAUCGGCGCCGAGAACGAUGACCAGAUACAGGUGACUUUGGUACCUAAGAAGUCCGAUGGGCCCGUCACCAUUGGUGGGCUCAAAAUCGAGUAUUCCUCCUAG